ACGGGGUGUGCAAACGUGUCCGUUGUCAUGAACAACAUCCCUGCUUUGUUGAAUCAUUUGGAUGCCAACAGAGAGUCUCCUACAUUGAGCUUGGCAUACGCAUCCAUCUCGGAUGAAGGAAUCGUGGAGGUGUCCAAGUUCCUCCGUGACAAUCCCUUUGUAAAGUAUUUAGAUCUUCGAGGGAACAAUAUUCAGGCGAAAGGAGCCAUGGCGCUUGCCAAUGGGAUUAAGAUCAACAGAUCUUUGCGGAGCCUCAAUUUGAAAUGGAAUGCAAUCGGCAAAGAUCCGAGUGGCAUGCAAGCUCUCUGCGAUGUUUUGAAGUCCAAUCUGACGAUUGGCCAUGUAGACCUGCGAAACAACCGCAUCAACAACGUCGGUGCCAAAUAUUUGGGCGAAAUGCUCACAGCAAAUACGACUAUCACUCACCUGGAUCUGUCCUGGAACGACCUGGGCGCUGAUGGCGGUCUAGCUUUGCUAGAAGGCCUAAAGCACAAUAGCACCGUUCUGGAUUGCCAGCUCAGUGGAUCAAAGGUGGGCGAGGAAACCAUGCACGAAGUGGCCUUUCUACUGAGAAGAAAUAAAGCAUCUGCAGCGUACAAAGCAAGCCCAAACUCCACUGGAGCCCAGAUGGCUGCAGCUGAUCCAAAGACAGCAGCCCUUGGCAAAGCCGUGUCUGCACCGGGGAGAGGCAAUCAAGCGCCAGCAGCAGAAACAGAGGAGGAGGCUCCACCAGCUGAGGAGCAGCCAUUGAAAAAGGGCCCACAAGCCAAAGCGAAUUGGACACCAAAGGACAGCAGCACUUUGAUGCUGCGUCUGAUGAUGAAAGAGAGGGAACAGGUACUACCAGAGGACAAGCUCUUCUAUCAACAAAUAGCUGAACACAUCGACAAACUCCUGCUAGAGACCUCCAAGCACAAACAAGGAAGAGUUGAUGGUGAAGAGAGGGAAAAACUGUCCACCACUGGAUUUCUGGAAAGAGAACAGAGGUACAUCAAGGAGAUCCGUCAAGCUGAAGAAGCAUUGCAACGGGUCAUCAGCGAGAAGGAGUUUUCUCAGAAGGAACUUGCGGCGAAAACGGUCUCAUUGAACCAGUUGAAUGACCAGAGCACUUCAGAAGUCCGUGAAUCUGUGGUGUCACAGGAGAAGAGUGCAGCUGAAGAGCAACAGCUUAGAAAGGCCAAGUUUGGGAAGUUUCACUGACGUCACAGGUUACAUUUUGAAGGUGUGGUAAGCCCUAAACCAGAAACCACAUUGAAUCUUGCCAUUUGGCGGUUUUGAUGCUGAUCUCCUGAGGAAUUGAGGGAACUUCAAGUCGAGAAGAAAACUUUGCAGGAUAAACUGGCAUUGAAUGUGAAGGAUCUGGAGCUUCUGGAGCAGGAGAAUGAGAGGCUCCGGCAACAUGUGAAAUCAUUUCAACGAGAUGUUAAUGAAAUCUUGGCAUGACCUUGCAUCGCAAUAUGCGACGAAUGGGCCAUUGCCCUCAGAUGUGUAGAAUUAGUUUUUCUGCGACGCCAAGAAAUUGACCAUGGACAUGGAGAAAAGCCAUGGCGGCCAGAGGUAGUGUGCUGCAGGCUUGAAGUCAUUGAUUUUGUCAAUCAGGCGGUGAGACC